AUGGGUUUGCCUUGGUAUCGUGUUCAUACCGUUGUAUUGAAUGAUCCCGGCCGGUUGCUUUCCGUUCAUAUAAUGCAUACAGCUCUGGUUGCUGGUUGGGCGGGCUCGAUGGCUUUGUAUGAAUUAGCAGUUUUUGAUCCUUCUGACCCUAUUCUUGAUCCAAUGUGGAGACAGGGUAUGUUCGUUAUACCCUUCAUGACUCGUUUAGGAAUAACCAAUUCAUGGGGCGGUUGGAGUAUCACAGGAGGAACUGUAACGAAUCCGGGGAUUUGGAGUUACGAAGGUGUAGCUGGGGCACAUAUUGUGUUUUCUGGCUUAUGCUUUUUGGCAGCUAUCUGGCAUUGGGUCUAUUGGGAUCUAGAAAUCUUUUCUGAUGAACGUACAGGAAAACCCUCUUUGGAUUUGCCCAAGAUCUUUGGAAUUCAUUUAUUUCUCUCCGGGUUGGCUUGCUUUGGUUUUGGUGCAUUUCAUGUAACAGGUCUGUACGGCCCUGGAAUAUGGGUGUCCGAUCCUUAUGGACUAACGGGAAGAGUACAGCCUGUAAAUCCGUCGUGGGGCGUGGAAGGUUUUGAUCCUUUUGUUCCGGGAGGAAUAGCUUCUCAUCAUAUUGCAGCAGGUACACUGGGCAUAUUAGCGGGUCUAUUCCAUCUUAGCGUUCGACCGCCACAACGUCUAUACAAAGGAUUACGUAUGGGAAAUAUUGAAACUGUACUCUCCAGUAGUAUCGCAGCUGUCUUUUUUGCAGCUUUUGUUGUUGCUGGAACUAUGUGGUAUGGUUCAGCAACUACUCCCAUCGAAUUGUUUGGUCCCACUCGUUAUCAAUGGGAUCAGGGUUAUUUCCAGCAAGAGAUAUAUCGAAGAGUUAGCGCCGGGCUAGCCGAAAAUCAAAGUUUAUCAGAAGCCUGGUCUAAAAUUCCUGAAAAAUUAGCUUUUUAUGAUUAUAUCGGCAAUAAUCCGGCAAAAGGAGGAUUAUUCAGGGCAGGCUCAAUGGAUAACGGAGAUGGAAUAGCGGUAGGAUGGUUAGGACAUCCUAUCUUUAGAGAUAAAGAAGGGCGUGAGCUUUUUGUACGUCGUAUGCCCACCUUUUUUGAAACAUUUCCAGUCGUUUUGGUAGACGGCGACGGGAUUGUUAGAGCGGAUGUGCCUUUUAGAAGGGCAGAAUCUAAGUAUAGUGUUGAACAAGUAGGUGUAACCGUUGAGUUUUAUGGUGGCGAACUUAAUGGAGUCAGUUAUAGUGAUCCUGCUACUGUGAAAAAAUAUGCUAGACGUGCUCAAUUGGGUGAAAUUUUUGAAUUAGAUCGUGCGACUUUGAAAUCCGAUGGUGUUUUUCGUAGCAGUCCAAGGGGUUGGUUUACUUUUGGGCAUGCUUCGUUUGCUUUGCUCUUCUUCUUCGGACACAUUUGGCAUGGUGCUAGAACCUUGUUCAGAGAUGUUUUUGCCGGCAUUGACCCCGAUUUGGAUGCUCAAGUAGAAUUUGGCGCAUUCCAAAAACUUGGGGAUCCAACUACAAGAAGACAGGCAGUCUGA